UGCACGACAUGGCGACAAAAUGUCUUCCAGACUUCUUCAACGAAUCCCUGGUCCAAGGUAUUCUGGAAGAGAAACUAGGUAUCCCGAUCCAUAUCGAUUCGUUUACCGGCAGCUUGGCGACGAAACCGGGUGAUAACUAUAGCAGCGAUGUGUUCUCGGUCACCGUACACUGCAAUGGCCGUAAAGAGCCCGUGCAUCUUCUGGCAAAGAUCAUUGUGGACGUGGGUUUAGUGAAAGAGUUUGCCGAUCGGCUCGAACUGUUCGACAAGGAAGUGGAUACUUUUCGUCAUCUGUUGCCUAAACUCUCGGCACUAGUUUCACCAGCUGGCACCGAACCGGUCCAAUUCGGUGCACGGUGCUAUUACGCGUCGAAACAACCCUUGGAAACGAUUGUCUUCGAUGAUCUGAAGGCACUAGGAUACCGAUUGCCCGAUCGUACGAAGGGAGGCCUCAAUUUUGAGCACUGUGCGCUGGUGAUGGAGAAGAUCGGUCUCUUCCAUGCUGCAUCGAUGGCGUUCGUGAUCCGAGGACCGAAGGAGCUGGAACUCUUCACGAACCGUUAUGCGCAUGGAAUGGUCCGUGCCGGUGAUGAUGUACAGUGUAAUCCUGCCCUCGGUAUGUUUCAGAGUGGAUUGGAAAAGUUCCUGGAAGUGGCCCAAGAUUGGCCAGAACUGGAUCGUAAAAUCCUGCGCAAACUAGAAGCGCUGCAGCCAAUUUAUACGCAGCGUAUGAUCGAGUGCUAUACGUCCCAAGACUCCAAUGCGGACGGGUUUAAAGUGCUGAAUCAUGGUGAUCUUUGGAGUAGCAACAUGAUGUUCCGGUACGAUGCGGACGACAGUGACGACGCCCGUGAGGUGAUGUUCGUGGACUAUCAGCUUUCAAACUACACUAGUCCGGGGCUCGAUCUCGUCUACUUCUUUUACAAUAGUAGCCGACAAGAAGUGCGUGAGCAUCGCAUCCCCGAGCUGUUACACGUGUAUCACCGUUCGCUACUGGCGGGACUGAAGCUGGCUGGAUACCAGGGCCAUCCCCUGCCCACGUUCGAUGCAGUUCAGCGACAAUUUGAUCGCUAUGAAUUUCUUGGUCUAGUGUGUGGGCUCUCCAUGUUGCCGGUCAUUUUAAUGGAUCGUAACGAGGACGUUAAACUGACGUUCGACAGUUUCUUCGAAAAGGAUCAUGCUGAGCGGCUUCGCCAUAUGCAGUACACAGCACCAAAGUACCGCAAAUCGAUUGUACCCUUGUUGGAGCGCUUCGAUGCCAAAGGACUACUGGACUCGAUCUUGGUGAAGCGCUCAUUUCGAACCGCUCAUCAUUGUGCUUAUCGUGAAGGCACACGCCACGUGGCGGCUUGUGGCUGGUGUCUGUUGAAUAGAUUUACGAUGGCCACACUUUUUGCGAGUUGCGCUAAAUCAUUUCUAAGCCCAACUGCUGGCUUUACGUGCGAUGGCAUGCGAUUAGCGAGGAGCGAACUCAGAGUGACUCUAACCGACGAAGCUCCGAGCGAGAUUAGUGUUAACAAGAUGUCCAGCCCGAAAGGAGUUCCACCGCAGCUACCCAGCUAUCUGACCGAAUCGUUGAUCAAACGAUCGCUGGAACAUGAGCUUGGCCGUCCGGUCACGAUAGAGAGCUUUACGGCCGGUCCAGCGACGGUGGCCGGUGACAACUAUCUGAGCGACGUGUUCUGGAUACGCGUCCUGUACGAUGGUGGUACCAGUGAGAAGCGUCUGCUGGCCAAGUGUAUGCCGGAUGUCGGCGAUCGCGGUACCGUGCUCGAUAUUCUCGAUGCGUUCCGCAAGGAGGCGGACACGUUCCAGCGGGUGUUACCGGCCUUGUCGCAGCUCAUCCACUUCGACGGUACCACGGAGGAGCGAUUCGGAGCUCGGUGCUACUAUGCGACCACGGAUCCGGUCCGAACGAUCGUGUUCGAAGACUUGAAGGCACUCGGUUUCCGGAUGUGCGAUCGGACUGCCGGUGGACUGGACUAUGAGCAUUGUGCGUUGGUAAUGCGCAAGAUUGGCCGAUUCCAUGCGGCCUCCAUGCUGUACGCGGCUCAGAGCACCGAGAACGAACGGUUGCUGCGCGAUCGCUACUCGUACGGAUUCUACAAUCCACGGAUCAGCGUCGACGAGUAUCGCAUCUUCCAGGUGUUCGAGGAGGGGCUUGAGAAGUUUAUCGAAGUGGCUAGCGGAUGGCCUGAACUGGAGCCAACGGUACUCCAAAAACUGAAGGCAUUGCUGCCGACAUUCAAACAGCGAUUGGCCGAUUGUGUCAAUACAAACAAUCCGGCUACUAAGCUGCGAGUGCUCAAUCAUGGCGAUCUUUGGAGCAACAAUAUGAUGUUCCGGUACGACGCUGAAGGCAAGGUGAGCGAGACCAUGUUCGUCGACUACCAGCUAUCGUGCUACGGAAGUCCGGGACUCGAUCUAGUGUAUUCGCUGUACAACUGUCCCCGGUAUGGAGUGCGCCAGCAUCGGCUGGACGAGUUGAUACAGCUCUACCAUCGUUCGCUGUGUGAGGUUUUGAAACGUGGCAAUUACGAUUCGGUACCAACGCUUGAAACAAUCAAAGAGGAAUUUGAGCGUCAAGAGUUCUUUGGGCUCGCCUGUGCUGUUGGUCUUUUGCCAGUUAUGCUGAUGGAGCGCAGCGAAGGUAUUGACAUCAGUUUCGAUGCGUUCUUCGACAAGGAAAAGGUGAAGCGCUUACGCGAUAUUCAGUACAAUGGUGCACUGUACCGGCAAUCGGUGGUACCGAUGGUGCACGGUCUCGCUACCCGCGGUUAUAUUGAUUAAGCUCCAACGGAGAUGCGAUGCUCUUUAUCGAUUGUAACAUCCACAGCAACGCGAUUGCGACCUGCCAAUAGUACAAACGAUUCCAUACCGUCAA